UUUAGUUGCUAAAGCUAUAGCCGGCGGCACAGUGGGCGACUGGUUAGCCAAACCACGCAUAUGCUGGAGUUAGCUGUUGUAAUGUGUCACAUGGACAGGCCACUAACCUGUUGGAGGCGGCGAUGGCCUGUCGGGCGUCCGAGAGGUAAUGGAGGUAGUUGACUUCCAUCAGGAAGUCUGAGCCUCGCCAGUAACCAACGCUGUCAGCCACCGACACAUCUGACCAUCACAGCGCACAAAUGUAAAUGUGUGGCGGGCUCACGCCACCACCACCACCACCAAAUAACAACCUUCACCUGCUCCUUUGGGCCAGUGGAUGCGCGCCGAGGCUCCGUUUGCGUUCGUCAGGUGGACGGGGCACCAGGAGGGCAAGAGGAGCAGGAAGGAGGCGGCGCUUGAGGAGCACCAGGCCUUGUGCGUUAAGGAGGACCGCUGCUUCCUGCUCAGGUGGCUACAAGCAAUCAAGAACCUGGGGACACGCACACGGCGCUCAGCUAAACAAGUGAGCCAUAGUAUUACGCCUUUUAUUCAGAAAAAUAACACAAGCGCGGAGGUACCCGAGCUAGGCUACCGGCUAAACCACACAAGCCAGCUAUUCCCUCCACCGUGUUAGCCAACGUACGCUCUCUGGACAACAAGCUGACUCGCAUGCUACCGAGCGGACAAAAUUCUCGCGGACUCUGUGUUUAUUUACAUCAAUGACGCCUGGUGCCGGGACGCUAUCUUGGUCAGUCAACACUGGACACCACUACUGGAGUUUAUGGCACACAAUACACGCACACACUCACACCAGCCACUUUAGCAGCAUUGGGGUUUUGUCAUCUAAUUUAUAAAUGUCUUAUUAUUUGCCUUGGUUCUCUGACCUUGACUAUGUAAAGAAAGAACAAACUGGACAUUGUUCUGCUCCCUCUUGUGUGCACACCUUGGCCACCUGGGGGCAGUAUAAUACAGACACAGAUAUACCGGACAUUUUCAUCAGGCUGACCUGAAGACGAGCUGCAGCAUGACGUCCUCGCAGAAGAGACCGAUGAGUGUCCUGAACAGAGCCAGCGACACCGUGCCCAGCUGAGGAGCACCAAGACGAGGUCAUCGAUCCGGAUCUGCUUUCACCAGCAUGCCGGGGCGCGUUACCUGGAAGGGUGUGUUGAUUCUGCUGACCAGAGUGUCCAGGAUGUGCACAUUGUCGUGGGUGUGCAGCAGGGUGAAGGACAGGAAGGUCUGCAGGAGCGCGGGCUCAGAGAUGGUGCGCAGGAACAGGUCCAGGGCAGGAGCCAACACGGGCACCAAGAAGCCAUUGUGGAUGUAACUCAGCAGCUGGGAGCGGAUGGAAGGAUGAGUCACCUGUGAAGAGGCUCGGAUUACAAGGAUAAAAAACAAUGUUGUUGUUGUUUUAAGACUACAAUUGUUUGCAUUACGCUGGUGACGGCGCUGCAGAAGCCAAGCGAGUGCAAAAAGUGGACAAGAGCAGGAACCUGUUGAAACACCAGAAUGUUUGUGUCAUUUGCUCGCCCCUCAGGGUGUUGCACUCUCAGCUUGCGGUUGUCAGUUACCUGUUGCCAGUCUGGCCGGUCCAAACAGUGCCAGUCUUCGCUGUAGACCUGCAACCUGGCUGGCAGAGACGAGUAGAGGCCAGAAAGACCCGUGGCCAGAACCUGGACCCAGCACACAGCUUGACAUUUAAUACUGUCGCUGUUAAAUCACAAUCUCAGCAAAUCACUCAAAGCAGUCCGCAGUGUAUGCACAACACUGAAGAUAAAGAUGCCAGAUAAAAUGAUGUGGUGGUGUGAAUCUGCCCGAGGGCCUCAUGUUUGACAGCUGUGCCUAAAGAACCUGUGCGUGUAUGGGAUGAGCAGGGAGAAGAGCAGGAAGUUGGCAGCGCCCUGGUCUUCGCUGGUGUGGAAGAACAGUUCCAGCACUGAGGGGUCCUUCACCAGAGCCCCGCACAGCUGGUUCAACAGGAGGACGAGCUCCGCUUCCACGCGACCGCCGGUGUCUAAAAAAGCGCAAAGGCGGUCAGCCGAGGGGGUCGCUUUUACCGAGGCCACGUACCGUACCUGCGCCGGCGCCGCCGCAGGAGGCUAGCAGCGUCAUGAGCGGCCGCAGCAGGGGCUUGUGGUGCAGGAGCGGCUGGUGGGCCUGGGUCAGGAGCAUCUGGUACAUCCUGAGCUGCUCCAGUUUCAUGUCCUCGGUGAACUGUCUCCUCAAGCUCCACAGGAAUAGGCGCUCCAUCACACCCUCCAGAACCACAAACUCCAAAAUGGGACCCAUCGCUCCUCCUGAGGAUUGAGGUGCGAUGAUUGUGCCAUGCAAUUGGCUGGUGACCAGUCCGGGGAUCACCCCGCCUCUCGCCCAAAGUCCACAACGGUUCCUUGUAGAACGAUACAUUCUUUUGGCUCUCACCUUGACCCGCCUCCUCCUCCAUGAGCAGGAACAGCAUGUGUUCCACGUAGUUCUGGACGGCGCUGGCCUCGUCGGGUGGGAUGGACCCGGGGCGGGCGCCGGCGUGGCCGGAGAGGAAACUCAGCGCGCUGGCGCCGCCGCGACCCGGCUCAUGUUUCUCCAGGAUCUUCACCACCUGUAGGCCAAGAAGAGCUGGUAAACGAGAGAAGCCAUCACACGAUGCUGAUGCUUUUUGGCGGACCACGCCCACCUGCGCCCAGUGAUUCUUAAACACGAUCAUGCACGUCUCGGGGUCCACUCCUCGCAGCGUCAUCGACUUCCCACGAUCGCCGCCGGCCACGGCUGAGGCCAUCAUCCUGACUUGUGGCCGGACAGCUGCGGCAUGUUCCGGGGGCGGCACGGGCAUCUGGCCAUUGCUGCCAGCCCAGGAUCACGCGCUGGACACUCGGAGAACAAGAGGUUGUAAACAGGAAAAUGGGAGUGAGACCCACCCUGGGUGUUCCGGGACAUUCCGUGAAUUCCCAACUCCAACAAAUCCUUAUAACCACCUCCGGCACGGCAACAUGGUCCAUUGAUCACUUCUACAACAUUCCUAGGAAAUCACAAUGUCCCAUCGCUGCUGAGCUACUUUUCGAACUGGCCCAAAUGAUCCUUCAGGGGCUGCCGCCAUGUUGGUGACCUCUGGCCUCGGCCCUCAUAAGAAUAGAAGCCCUAACGUGUUUGCAGAGGAAGGAGAUUAAUCUCGAAUGAGACGGUGAUGUUUAAUCCCAUAUGGCCUGCUGUGCGCGCGUGCGUGUUGUCCCCAUUAACUGUCGCAUAUACUAUCACAUGCCUUCACACAACACAAAAGGAGGGUUUCCUCUUUUUGGACGAGUUGUGCAUUUAAGUGACUUUUACUGACGACAAAUGGACUACCGGGUUCUACGACACACACACGCAGAAAGUGUCGACUUUGCAUGUUUUAGAGUUGGUGUUGACAAACAUUUCUACAGGGUGUUUCUCAAAGAUCAACGCAAAAAUGCAUGUUUUCAUAAAUUACAUUUUCAACACUGUUUUAUUCAACUGGAAUAUGAACAUAUAACUUCAUUUCCAACAUUUGCGAUGCAAAGCUCGAUGCUAUAUUGCUGUCGAUUGCCGAUGUGCCCUGACUGUAUGUAAAAUAUUCAGUUGAAGUUUGUUUUUACCUUGGCAGUUGUGAUUUAGGGGCCUGGCAGUCACUCCUGAGGGACGUCCCAAGCGCUUUGUGAACUCAGCUGCGCUCCUGGGGCUUUAAGCGUCCCAGCUGUCCAUCAAUGCUAGGUAAUGCCUGACCACGCCCACUGGCUCGAGCACGCCACGCCCCCCAGGGAGGCAGAAACAUUCUCGUUGUUUUUUACAUUUUCAUUUGUUUUGAAUAUCAACUGAAAACGCCUGUUUUCCGACUGGGAGCCCAUUUCCGCCAGUAUUUUUUAUUUUUUAUUCUAAACCAGGGGGCAAGUGAAACUAAUGCCGAUAAUAGCUUUUCUUUUAGCGUUUAUUUAAUACCCACCGUUUUAAAUUGGAAAUUCCGACAACAGUAUUUCUAUUCACUUUUUUAAUUUUUUUUAACGUUUUAUUUGAAGUAUCUGACGUCAUAGGGCCGGUUGAUGAGCACCCGCGGUGGCGGAGCUGGGAGAAAGUUGUGCUGUCGACACAACAAGUGCUUCCGUGGAAAGGCGGCGGAGUCGUUCGGAGGGCUGAGUUGACGACGACGUCGCCGCCGCCGCCGCCGCCCGGGGAAAGAGACGCCGAAAGUCGGGCAGACAUGGCCGAGGCGAGGCCCGACGAAGACGACGAGAGUGCGAGGAGGGACACCGGGGGGCGAGUCGUGCGACUGCAGUCCAGCGGCAACGAAGGUCGUCCCGGCAGGAGAAAGCCAGAGAAUCGUCUCAGCCAAGGCCCACUUUGGUCCCUCAGAGCAGCCAUCAAAAAAUCCACCAGCAGGUCCAGUUUCCCUGACCUUCCGCGAGACAGAGACAGGGACAGAGACGCCAGGGGCCCCGUUGCCAGGCGACCACAGAUCACCAUCCUGUCGGCCGAACCGCUCCCCUCCCCUUGCUGGUUAGCCGGAACGCCCGGCGCGUUCCCACCGCCUCCUCCUCCGGCCGCGCAAAUCUGGGGACCCACAAUCCCGCCGUCCAUACAGCCUCCUCCCUCCUACGAUGAAGUGAUCAGGGAGAAGACGCAGGAGCAGGGUGUGCGCAUAUCUUCAUCGGCUCCAUCACCGUCAUCGUCGUCUCAUCCGGCUUUUAGAACGACCAUCGCCACUCAAACAGACACCGGAUCCUCUCCUGGAGCUCCGGUACUCAAACCGCAGCGGCUUCCGAUCCCCGCCUCUUCGUCUCGAGCAGACGGUAAAAUCGGCCCCCGUUCGCCCGCAGCUUCCGACAGCGGCCGAUCAGGGCAGCUCCACGCAGCCGCACCCCUUCCCAACGCGGCGGAGCGUCCCAGGCCCCCCCCCCGAUCCAGGUCGACCGUGACCCAGGUCAGCAACGAGGUCAAGGUUCAGACUUUGGUGAAACUGCGGGAAGACGGCUUGGCCACCCUCGCCGCCCGCGCUCGCAGUGACGUCGGCAAACGGGACGGGAGUGGGGGUAAAUACCUUCAGGAGCUUCUGGAGGCCUUCAGCUCCGACGACUGGGGUGUCCCUGAGCAGCGAGGUGACGACAGUGACCUCGGCCAAUCGGAGGACGAGGAAGAGGACAUGGCGGCCCUCAGGGCGAGGAUCCAUGCCUUUGAGCAGCAGCAGGCGGCGCUUGACGGGAGCCGUGGCGACCCAAGCACCAGCGAGGAGGCGUUCGCCGAGAGACCCGAACCUCGGCCCCGCCCUCGUCUCCAAGGGCAACCUGCCAAAGUUCUUCCUCCCGCCGUUGCGCCUAAACCCAAAAGCCUCCCAAAAGCAUCCGCCGUGGACUCCGUCGAUUGCCACGCUGAGGUCCUGAACCCGAAACCGCUGCUAAUCACAGAGCUCCUUCCGAGUCACCGCCCCUCCACCGCUCCUUGCCCCACACCUGUCCCGGCCCCCAGGCUCCCGCCACAGAAACCCGCACCCUCCCACAAUGAGACCCCAGCCGCAACCAAAUCUCCGUCCAGACCGCCGGUUGCCCCACGAACGAGCGUGGGCGCGCCACCGCACGAGAAGGCGACCGCGCCCGGACACGUGACCCCAACGAGGCCACCCAGGCCUUUCACAGAGGUCAGCAGGGGGGCACAAACCCACAUUCAGGAUACUGUGAACCUGACAGGAGCCUCUCUGGAACCAAAUCCAGUCCCUUCCAAGGCUCCCGCACCUGACCCCGCUCCCGUCCACGCCAAACCGCCGUCCCCUCUCCUCAAAAAUGCUGACGGCAUCUGUGAGCCGCCCCUCCCCCCGAGGCCUUCAAGUGUGAAGCACCUCCCCCCCAGACCUCCACCAAUCAAAUCCGUCCCUGCUCGCCCGCCACCUCCGGGCCUCGGGUCGUCGGCGAGCCAACCUCGGCCACAGACGCCAUCUUCUUCUGCGGCGGCCAGUCACAGAGCGUCAAAGAGAGGGCCGCCUUUGCCCCCUCGGCCCAACCCUGGACAUCCGCUCUUUCCCGGCUCCACGAAACAGGAAGUCCUCAUCGUCCUGGAGGACCCGCCGCCGGAGCCUUUGCCUAGCGCCGUUACGCCGCUUUGCAGCACGUCAGAGUGUCUCCUGGACCUCGACGUGCUGCCCCCAGCACAGCUACCAGAAUCCGGCUUGGAGACUUGCUGGCAGCCGGCCAUGCAGAAACACCCCGAGCCGCCUCCUGUCAGCCGCCCUCGUUACGUCGCUUUGUUUGACUUCGAGGGAGCGGAGGAUGACGAGCUGAGCUUCUCCCAGGGAGACACCAUCGGCCUCCUGGAACCGCUCGACCGACAGUGGGCCCGCGGCCAGAUUCGCGGACGCGUCGGACUCUUCCCGCUGAGCUUCGCCCGAGUCGCUGAGGACCGCCCGCCAGAAAGUCCCGUCGCACCGACGUCCUCAAAAGAAUCAGAGGUGGAGGAAUGGGCAGUGGCGCUGUUCGACUUUCCUGGUCAGACCGCAGAGGAUCUCUCCUUCCACAAGGGGGCGCGUAUCCAAGUGAUCGAACAUGUGGAUUCCGAAUGGAGGAGGGGCCGACUUGCUGGGAGGGAGGGGCUUUACCCCGCCGCUUUCACGCAGGCCUGCCAGGAUCGACCAAUCCCAAGCCGGAAGGCGGAAGUGAGGGGCGUGGCCAAAGCUUUAUUUGCCUUCACGGCCGAGCACGAGGACGAGCUAACAGUGAAGCCUGGCGACAUCAUCACGCAGGUGGAGUCUGGGGAUGAGCAGUGGAUUGUGGGAGUUGUCGGCGGUAAGCGGGGAGUUGUGCCCAAAAACUACGUUUUGCUUCUUUGACGAGGACAAUCUGCUGACGGGACGUUUUUGGGUUGUGCGGAGUGCGUGAAGACUGCGCUAUUUCAGUCUACAAUGAUUGACAAGAUCGAAUGAAGCGGCAGUGGCCACACCCGCAACCUCCGUCUCGCUGUCGUAUACCUUUGCCGGACUCUUUAGGUUCCGUUAAAAUCUUGAACGAAGAGGCGCAAACGUGCGAUCAUUUCUUUCUUUGUCCUAACGUGUUGGAAUAUUAACGCAACUAACCAAUCUUGUUGGAUGUUUCCGUGAAGUGUCACAAUGCAAUGAAUGCACGUUGACACGUGAGCAAGCAUGGAUGUAGAGCUUCAUGUUUUUUCUGGAGCGGCGUUCGGCCGUGAAGGUUAGCGGUUAGGUUAUAGGAAUGUAGGCAAAACAAACAUUCCAAUUUUGAAAGCCUAAUAAAACUUUGCAACAUUUCUCUAA